UUUUCCAAUUUGUCAAUGCACCCACUUAAUAUUUUUAAGCGCAACACUGACACCUUCAUCUGGAAAAUGUGUCUUUCAUUGUAGGUCAAAUUAAUGAGGGAAAGGAGUGCCGCGCGUUCACCGGUAUGAUAAUCGAAAUAGAAUCUAAAUGACAGAACACGCUUUGUGACGCGGUGAAUGUAAAGAACGUUGUUGACGUUCCUUCCAAAUUGCUAACAGAUGACUAUCAACACGCUUGCCAAACGCCUCCUGUCCACCUCCGUCCUCAUGGCUGAAGAAAUCAGGAGAAUAGCUGCUCUUAUUGAGAGAGACCAAGAGCUCAUCACUUACAUCAAGCACAAGUUUACCACCGACUUCAAAAAAGCGCACAGGUACUUACCUGAGAAGGUUGUCACCCGCAGUGACACAAAGUAUGUCCUCAUACAAAAUGACCAGGCCAAGAAGAACUAUGACAGGAGACAGGAGAUGCUCAGAAAAGGCUUUUUCUCCCCUGUUAACAAACCAUACAAAACAGUGGGAAUGCUUUACUCUGACAACGUUGAUCUCUUCUCAACCUGGUUAACGUCAGAGGAUCAGGAGUCACUGAAGACACACUGGGACAAGAAGUUUGGCAAAAAGUCAGGAGGUGGAGUGAUCUCCAGCAAAUUCACUCAGGAGAAGGCUAAAAAGGAGAACGUCACAGCCCCUCCAAUGGAGAGCCAGACCCUGGAUGGCUUCCUCCAGCUGAAGCACUACCUGAGGGAGAUGGCCUCCAUUAGACGUGCUCUCCACGCUGGACGCCCCCUCAUACGUUGCCUCAGGGACCAGGAUAAACAGUCAUCGCUAAUGACAUCAUGUGACCGAGCCAUGUCAGCUGAUAAAGAGACUGUGCCACCAACCCCCAUGACCAUGAACCAACAGGCACUGGACCCAGAGGAAGAGGAGAACCUACAGAGGAUACAGUACAGGAAGCAGAAGCUGUUCUCGGAGAAACUGCAGUGGAUCUACAUGGUCCUGUGUGGCAUCUCUCACAUGAGAAACAAAGACCUGAAGACACUGGUUCCUCUCAACAGCAACUAUGUGAAUGUCAUCAUGAAGGACACAGAGAAGACCAAAAUCAUCCUGAAGCAGUCACACAGCUACUACAACCCUCCAGUGAAUGCCAUCGGACGUCUGGUGUCUCUGGCCCCCGAUGACUGUCACAACGGCACCCCUGACGUGUGGGACACCUUCAUCGGUCACCAGGAUGCCGCAGAGCCCUCAAAGAUGACCACCAUCCGAACCACAGGAUAUAAAGCUCUGCAGUCUGGGCCCAGGCGUAAGGUUGGCCAGCGAGAUCCAGACGGAGAUGGAGACAUACCCCCAUGGCUACUACUGCUGCUGGAUGAGAACACAUCCCUAGAGAAGAAAACAGUCAAGCCUAGAGUAGACCAGUCAGCCAUGCUGGAGAGAGCCAAGGUCCAAUACCUGAAUGUGAAGAAGGUUCUAAACAUCCAGGUCAAGUCAGGAGUGUUUGAAAAGAAAAAGUACCGUGAGGAAAGGAUGAGAACUCUUUUCGAUGCUCUAAUGGCUUCCAAGACCGAUGCUGGUCUGUCUUCGCUCCUUGCCUCUCUGAAGAGUGAGCUGAAGGAGCCCAAAUCCACCACUGGUCUCUGGUUUGCAACACUGCAGAGUGAGGCCACAGAACUGUCCGGAGACAGAGACCCCAAAUAUAACAGCAUACUGCAGAAGAUCUCAGCGUUUCAAAGCUUCUCCAACAAAAGGGUCCCCUACUCCCAGGAGAAAUUCUGUCUCCUGGUCCUCUCCAUGCCAGCCAAUCAGCUGCUUCGACCAGCCAUACAGGAUGCACUGCUCUUCCUCACCGAGAAAGUCCUGCUGCUGUUGCCGCGGCAACUCAAACAGUGGUACCAGUACCUGAAGCUGCCCUUCCCCACCAAGGAAUCCUCCUCCUAAAAACAAAUAAUAUCCGCCUGGUCUCUACUUCACUGCCUGUCUACAAUGUGGGCCUUGGACUGAAGCCUGGGCUCUUGGUGGGAUAGCUGAUGUUGAGGGCUCAGGAAAAGGCUUCAUGAAAUAUGUUUGCUGGUUCUGUCAAUAAAACACCUUAACAUUUAGUAUCUCUAAAUG